UCCAGAGGUCCACUAGUGCAUGCAUGCUGGUGCAGAGCUGCACCGCUCUCCACUCAUUCCUGCAGCCAGGGGAUCAUCUGCGAUGUCCUACCCACAGCUCGGAUAUCCCUACUCCUCUGCUCCACAGUUCCUCAUGCCCACCAACUCUCUGACGUCGUGCUGCGAGUCGCGUGCGCGCUCCGUGUCCGAGUCUGGCUCGUGCGCCCCGGCCCCGCCGCCCCCUCCUCCUCCUCCUCCCCCGCCCCAGGCUCCGGUUUACUGCCCCGUGUACGAGAGCAGGCUGCUGGCCACCGCGCGCCACGAGCUCGGCGUCUACAGCAACCCGUACGCCAGCGGACAGGGCUACGGGAAUUACGUCACGUACGGCACCGAGGCCUCUGCGUUUUACUCUCUGGGUGCCUUCGACGCGAAAGACAGCGCGGCUUCUGCGAGCAUCACCCAGGCUGCUGCUGCUGCUGCUUACUACCCCUACGAUCCCACUCUGGGGCAGUACCAAUACGACAGAUAUGGCUCGAUGGACGGAGGCACGCGGAGGAAGAACGCCACACGCGAGACCACCAGCACGCUGAAGGCCUGGCUGCAGGAGCACCGCAAGAACCCGUACCCCACCAAGGGCGAGAAGAUCAUGCUGGCCAUCAUCACCAAGAUGACGCUCACGCAGGUGUCCACGUGGUUCGCCAACGCCAGGCGGAGACUCAAGAAGGAGAACAAGAUGACGUGGGCGCCGAGGAACAAGGGCUCGGACGAGAAGAGAUGCGGCGUCGGAGACGACGACGACGACGACGGCUCGCAGGAGGAGCCGAUCAAAAGCGACGCCAACGACGACGAGAGCCGAAGUCGAGACGAUAAGGACCUCCAGCUGAGCGACCUGGACGACUUCGACACCAUCGAGUCGGAGAGCUCCGAGUGCGACAUGAAGCAUCAGUUCCAUGUCAACGCGCACAUGAACACGCUACCUGAGCACCUCAAAGAGACGUCCCUAAAGCUACCCCCGCUUGAAGGGGACGCUUUAAAGUUACCGUCAAUUAGAACCUCGUUGGAAAGAGACACCGAUUUGCCCAAAAGCUGCCUGAAAACUCCGAGCCGAAACUGCGAGCACAAUCCCAACGGGAAUACCAAAAUCUGUUUCCAGCAAGACCACCAAACUCUCGAUAGCAAGCCUCGGAUUUGGUCGUUGGCCCAAACCGCCACCUCGCUAAAUCCGACCGAGUAUUCGUCAUGCAUGCUUCGAUGUCAGCCAGCGAUCGCCGGGUCAUCCUCGCCGCCCGUUAAAGUCCCGGAGAAGCAGCAGGACUCGCCGGUCACCACGUUGAGGCACUGGAUGGACGGCGUUUUCCACGAUCCCUUAUUCAAACACAGCACUUUGGACCAAGCGCACAACAGCAACAUGGCCGUUUCCUGGAGCACAACCAAAGGCUCGAUCCUGGACAGCGGCGCCCAGCGCGAUUAAAACCGCUCACGUGACUCCGACCAAAAACAAAACAAAACACGUGAACAAAAAUCCACAUCGUUUGUAUAGAAAUCUCUGUGGAAUACGCUGCUGGGACAGUCUCACGAGACCGUGAUUGGACGAAAGACGUCGGACAUUUUUAAGGCCUAUAUUUGCUCUGUCGUGUCGGACGUUUUUUUUUUUUUGUUUGUUUGUUUGUUUUUUUUUAAACGAUUUGCUCGAUUGAUUAUGUGGAAUCGUAUGUAUUAACUGUUCUGACACUUCGAUUCAAAUUUCCCAAGAUGGGAUUUGUUUACUAUAUUUAUUAUAUUAUAUUAUAUAUAUAUAUAUAUAUUAGGCAUGUGCCAAGAUUUUAAACGACUUUUGGGUCACGAUAACGAUUGAAACGUUUGCGAUAUUGUCACGCUAGCUAAUAAAACUAGCUGCACUUCAGCUACAGUGUUUCAGAUCAUUUCUACUUUUGGCAUAGCAUAUGUUUUUGCGUUUUUAAAAACGAUCGAACGAACGGUAUUAAAAAACGAUCGAACAUGUUAAAAACCAUCACGCGUACGAACUUUGAAAAAAAUUUUUACGCAAAUACGAUACCUAUACACGAGCUAAUUCCGAAAACAUGAUCCAAAUGAUGGAUUAUUGGCACAUGUCUUAUAUAUACGUAGUACAUAAACACAUAUAUAAACAGAUCAGUUUUGGGAAGUAAUAUAUAAAUAUAUAUAUGUUCAACGCACGUUGCAAUUAUGUAAAUAUACGACAAAAUGUUUACAUUUUGGGGGAAAAAAAAAAAUACGUUUACAGUUUGCAUUUGUUUUGGGGGUUUUUUUCUUCCGCAUGCAUACAUUUGUUUGGUCGUCUUUAUUGGAACAUUCUU